CGUUGGGUUUGUUGAAACGUCAAAUCAGUCACAGUUUACACCUGCUUAUCGGAAACAUUGACAAAAUACGAUUGCGCGAUGUGUAUGCAUUGAAUCAGUAGAGGUGAAAGUGAAACCGACCGGAUACUAUGGAAGUGCACGUAUCGAAAAUUCUGAUCCGUGUGUUGAAUGCCCGCGAACGCCGGCGGUUCGAAACAUUCCGGAUGCUACCGUUGAAUGCAAUCGAUCCGAAACUGAAACGACGGGUGAUGCAUGACUUUGACAUCCAGCUGUACGAGUACGAACCGGGUUACGAAGUGAAGCGACCGUACAGCCAGCUUGACAUUGCCAGCAGCGGCAGUGGGGCCGAUAAUGUUUCCGUGCAGUUCGAUAUUCCCCCGGCGGAAUCCAGCUACGUUUCCCAGUGCAGCAAUGUAACUACAAGCACAUUCGAUACGAGCUCAAAACUUUCCGAAAUGCUCGAAGAUAGUGAGGUAUUAUCGAUUUUGUUACUAGAACGAACCACCAAUUCAAAUCAUAUUCAAUUUAUCAAACGCAUUUAUUGAAAUCCAGAAACAGAAGCUACAUUCCACCAGCUAUCCAUUUUACGCUCGUCAAUUCACAUAUUAAAGUGAUGUGAAUUAACUUACGAUUUAACUUCUUGUUUGUGCUGGAUUACAAACUGCGGUGGGACAGUUUUCAACAUUACUACUGUUCAGAUUGCUCUCGGUAGCACAGUUUGAGUUUCUGGUUCUGCUUAUGUUAAAACUCGAGCCAACAUCAGAGCAACACCGUUGUCAAGCACCGACGGUCACCCACCAGCGAACGAAGCAGAUUACUUCACAAAACUAACUAACUUAUCUUCCCUUCCUUCUGCU